AUGAAGUUCACUAGGAACUUCGUUGCUAUCAUUGUUCUUGUUCUUGUUCUUGUUCUUUCAGAAGCGUUUUGCGAAGCUAGGGUUCUGCAAUCAGCUCCCUCUCCCUCUCCCUCACCUUCACCUUCUCCUUCUCCUUCUUCAUCACCAUCUGGUGGGUUUGUUCAAGCCAACGGUACAGAGUUUGUGCUGAAUGGUUCUACAUUUUUCUUCAAUGGCUUCAAUUCUUAUUGGAUGAUGAAUGUCGCUGUUGAUCCAAAUCAAAGAUACAAAAUCUCAAAUGUCUUUAGAAAGGCUUCUUCUAUCGGUCUCUCAGUGUGUCGAACUUGGGCGUUUAGUGAUGGUGGUUAUCAACCUCUUCAAAUAUCACCUGGUGUAUACAACGAGAACGUCUUCCAGGCACUAGAUUAUGUGGUAGCAGAAGCAAGAAAGUACAACGUGAUGUUGAUUUUAAGUUUAGUGAAUAAUUAUCAUGAUUUUGGAGGAAGACCUCAAUAUGUUCAAUGGGCUAAUAGUUCUGGGGUUCUUGUUACUAAUGAUGACGAUUUUUAUACCAAUCCAGUCAUCAAGGAUUAUUACAAAAAUCAUGUCACGAAAGUGCUAACGAGGAUGAACACAAUCAGUAAAAUAGCUUACAAGGAUGAUCCCACCAUUAUGGCUUGGGAACUUAUCAAUGAACCACGAUGCAAUGUUGAUUAUUCUGGAAAUACAACCAAUGGUUGGGUUCAAGAGAUGGCUAGUUUUGUGAAAUCAAUUGACAAUAAUCACAUGUUGGAGGUUGGAAUGGAAGGCUUUUAUGGAGACGCAAUACCAGACAGGAAGCAAUACAAUCCUGGCUAUCAAGUUGGAACAGAUUUCAUCAAAACCAAUCUCAUUAACCAGAUUGACUUUGCCACAAUCCAUGCAUACCCUGAUAAUUGGUUAUCAGGUCAAAACGAUACAGAUCAAAUGGCAUUCAUGCAAAGAUACAUAACGAGUCAUUGGAACGACUCAACAACAAUCUUGAAGAAGCCAUUGGUGAUGACAGAAUUCGGAAAGUCUAAGAAAGAUCCAGGCUACAACAUCAGUGUUCGAGAUUCAUUCAUGAACAAUGUUUACUCAAGAAUCUAUGAUUUGGCCAGAAAUAAUGGAACUUUUGCUGGAGGGUUGGUUUGGCAACUUGUGGAUGAAGACAUGGAUUCAUAUUAUGAUGGGUAUGAGAUUGUUUUAUCCCAAAACAAUUCCACUAGCAGUGUGAUAAGUCAACAAUGCUCUAAAAUGAUUGCGCUUGAACAUACUGUACACAAUAAACAUCUUUGA